ACACUCAGCACAGCACAACAUCCUCUCAGAAAUACUACAACAGGGAGAUCGAUCGAGCGGAUCCAUCCCAAGCCAAUGGCAGCCAAGAGCCUUCUUCUCGCCGCCCUCCUCGCCCUCGCCGUCGGCCUGGCGCCGCACGGUGCUGAGGCGGGCAAGGAGCAACCACUGGUAAUCGCCUCCGGCGUGGUGCCAUGCAGCGCCGGGAGCUCCAUCAACGCGGCCGCGGUUCCGCCGUUCCCGAACGCCGCCGUGCAGAUGGUGUGCGGCCGCGAUGUGAUGGCCAGCGUGACGGCCGACCGCAGCGGAGCCUACACCAUGAACAUGGGCCCGGCCACCUCGGCGCUGCUCGCCCCUCUGCUCGGCAACCAGUGCAAGGUGGUGGUGCUCACCCCGCUGGCCGCGUGCAACGCGUCCCUGGCCAGCGUCACCGGGACGCUGGCCGCACCGGUGCAGCUCCUGGGUAUUGAGAGCGGCAGCGGCAGCGGCGGCCUCGGGGGCCUUGGCGGCCUAAUUGGCCUCAUCGGCCAGAUCGUGGGCGGACUCCUCGGCGGCAUCCUUAACAUCAUCCCAUUGCCCUUCUCCGUCGUCUAGAUCUCCGACUACAACCGGCCGGCUUGUCGACGGACCUAAAUAAAUACGUGCCAACCUAGCUAUCAAUGUACCCAAUGGUCAACUAUAUAUCCCCGCCUUAUUAUGUAAAUGUGGUAUGUGUUACAGCUUCUAAGAAGCACAUAAGUAAGCAUAUCGCGUAAUACUCCGAGUGUGUGUCGUGUGAUCAGUGUUCGUUUGUGACAAAUAAAGCUACGUCUGUGAUUUCUAUA